CCAACCUCCAAAUUCUGCCAAGGUUGCCAAGAACAUACCCACCAGUCAGAGCAACUCACAGACAGUGACGGGGAUACGACGUGUUGGUGGUCUCAGCCAAGAGCCAAUGCCACGCUUACUUUGGCUUUAGGCCGGCGAAUGGAAAUCCUUUACGUGGCUCUGAGGUUCUGCUCCCCAAGACCAGAAUCUUUGGCCAUUUACAAGUCUAUGGACUAUGGUCGCAGUUGGGUGCCUUUUCAGUUCUAUUCCAGCCACUGUUGGCAGCGUUAUCAUCUGCCCCCAACCACCACCAUUGUGAAAAGCAUGGAGCAUGAAGCAGUUUGUAUUGAGGCUCAAACAGCACUCAAGCCCCUCACCGGAGGGCUGGUGGCCUUCAUGCCUCUUGCAGGCCGCCCUUCAUCCCAGCGGUUCGAGUAUAGUCCUGUCCUCCAGGACUGGGUGACCGCUACUGACCUCCGCAUGUCCUUUGACCGCAUGCAUUCAACCCGGACUCUGGGGUUGCGCAGGAAAGAGGCCUCCUCUGGAGUAGCUGAGCUGCAGGUUGGAGGCAGAUGUAAAUGCAAUGGACAUGCCUCGCGGUGCACAGCUGGGAAAGAUGGAGGGAUAUCUCAGUGUGAUUGUCAGCACAACACAGCCGGCCCUGAAUGUGACCUCUGCAAAACCUUCCACUGGGAUAGGCCCUGGCAAAGGGCAACCCCCAAAGAUGCUCAUGAAUGUGUGGCCUGCAACUGCCACCGCCAUUCCCAUCGCUGCCGCUUCAGCAUAGAGCUUUUUGAACUUUCAGGGCGCCAGAGUGGGGGGAUCUGCUUGAACUGUCGCCACCACACAGCCGGGCGCCACUGUCAGUAUUGCUCACCAGGUUUUAAGCGUGACCUCAGCCAUCCCAUCACCAGCCACAGAGCCUGCAAAGCUUGCCAGUGUCAUCCUAUUGGGGCAACUGGUGCCAUUUGCAACCAGACCACUGGACAGUGCCAGUGCAAGAAUGGCGUCACCGGCCUGACCUGCAAUCGAUGUGCCCAGGGUUUCCAGCAAAGCCGCAGAGCUCACAUACCCUGCAUUCGUACCGAAUGUCAGAGCCAUUGCACACCACCACAAAGACAUGUCCACAUGAACUUGAGGAACUAUUGCAAGAAGGAUUAUGUUCUCCAGGCCCAGCUAUUGGCCUUAGAGAAGUCUGGAACAUGGUGGCAAUUUACAGCCUCAGUCCUCACUGUCUACCGCCAGCGUCGCGUACCUAUUCGUCGGGGAGAGCAGCCACUCUGGGUACCAGAACAAGAUUUGGCCUGCCGGUGCCUCCACCUCCAAGUGGGCAAAUUUUACCUUAUCAUCGGCAACGAUGCCGAGUCACCUGACCCUGCCCGGCUAAUCCUUGACAAAAACAGCCUUGCUCUGCUCUGGAGGGAUGCUUGGGCACAUAAAUUACGAAGUUUCCAGCAACAAAGCAAGCAUGGAAAAUGCUGAAGUAUCUAAGCCAAAAAGGUGAUGGGAAGGUGGGUGAAGAAACAGGUAGGAAAAGGCCUGAAUGGGUAGAAAAACCCUCACACCCGAAGUUUCAGAGUCCCACAGAAACUCCCUUGGGUACAAAAAGCUGAGCUUAAACUGGAACUGAUUUUGAUUUUAAAGUUUUAGUUCUGCAUUAUCAAUGACUCCCUCAUUCAUCCUUCUGACAGACCCAUGGGUUGACAUAUUAUCCCCUCUUUACAAGACAGAGGAAUUCAGCUGAACUAGAAACUUGGUUUUGGAUGAAUUAAUGGAAAAUAUUUGGGCAUGGGAAGCUGCUGAUUAAGCUAUAGCACCCUGAGCCAUCAGGAGACUAGCUGGGUAGAACAUAUGCUACUCUUCACUAGCAAACUCUAUCCUGCCACAGGGACAAACCUCAACAAAUGGUGCUCUUGUUAUUUACCACAUAACACAGAUGGAGAAUGGAGGUGUCCCCUGGCUUUGUUUUCCUUCUCUCCCUUCAUGGGAGGUAGGAUAAGGAUAGGAUAGGAUAAAGAAUAAGAGGUAAAGUUGAGUUUCAACAGAGGACUAAAGCAUACAUCUUGGUCAUCUGUCAAAACCGAGUAUUUUGGGGCAAGUGUUUUUCACAGCUGCAUUCAAAAGGAACCUCACCAUCAAUUGAUAUCAGCUAAUAGUCAGAUUUCUUUUGGUCAUGAGUUUGACAUUUUUCAAGGGUGAUGUCUAAAUUAGUCAAGAACCAGUUCUGACAAUAACUCUUCCUGUGAGACCUUUGAAACAAAAACUAUCAAAGUAGUUAAGAAUUGUAAUGUAUCAAGUCAUUUUUAAAAAGCUGUAUUGUGUCAAAAGAUAUUUUAAACACAGCAAGUUACUAUAAUGCCAAUAAAACAGAACUUCUCAGACAUUGUGGUGUCAAGAGCCACUAAAAUUUCAAAUAGGUCUGACCUUUUCCACCAUCUUCAUAUCAGAUAUUCAGGAAACUAAAUAAUACAAUUUAACUAAAGCUAAAUUGAAACCCUUGAGAAAUGCAGUGAUUUUGGAAUGUAAGACUGACAGA